GAAUUAUGCUGAAGUACGCAAUGAGUCACAUAAGAGGGUGCUGCUGUAUCCAACAAAAUCUGAGAACACUGAGAAGUUCAUUCAGACCAUCCUGAGGCACCUAUAUGGGCUCAUCCUAUCAAGAUCUCUCUAUUACAGAGCAGUGACAAUACUGAUAAUAACCUUCAGAAGAACAUGAUGCUGCUGAAUAAGUUUCCUGCAUGGCUCUCUGCAUUCACUCUGAUUUUGCUGACUCAAGAGCCAGUCUCUACAUCAGAGGUCACGGCCUGCGGGGUGGCAGUGGAUCCACCUGCUAAUAUUGAGAUAACAGACCCUGGCCUCCUGGGUUACCUCAGUAUCCACUGGACUCGGCCAGCCAGCCUUCAGAACCUUACAGGCUGCACAGUACGAUACCAGCUCAGAUACUAUGACACCUACGAGGAACGAUGGAGGAGUGUCCGAACUGUCAAGCUGACUUAUGCUGCUCAGUUUGACCUUGAGAAACCAGUCAAGGUGAAAAUCCUCACUGUGCUGAAGUGUGCCUGCACCAAUGAGGCAGAAGUCCAAGGGCAGGAGAGAGAGUGGGUCCAGACACCUGAACCUACAGGUGUGGCAGGAUCAGGAAUAAGAGAUUUUCACUGUGUCUACUAUGGUAAGGAGUACAUGGAAUGCACCUGGAAGUCAGGACCUGUCCAGCCUCCGAACUCACAGCAUUACCUCUAUUACUGGCACAGGGAAAUGGAUGAAACAAAGGAGUGUCCAGAAUACAUCGUAUUACCUGAGGGUCGUAGGGGAUGCAGGUUUCCUCGAGAAUCACUCUUGGAGUUCUCCAAGUUUAAUUUAUGUGUAAAUGGAUCCUCUCCAACAGGAAGUCUGAGAACGGCCUACUUUUCUAUUGAGGUCCAAAACCAUGUAAAACCAGCAGUGGUCUCCAAUAUGGAUGUCUCGGAGAUUGAUGGAGGUUUGAAGUUAGAUUGGUCACCUCCUAGUGGUCAGGUGCCAGAACACUGCUUGGAAUAUGAGGUGGAAAGCAGCACUGCGAUGGAAAAUGGCAAAGAGAAGCAGGAAAUGGUGGUUACACAGAAUUUAGCGGACACAUCUUAUGGCCUUCUGAGAGGGGUAGAAAGUCAGACAACUUGCUUUCGAAUCAGAUCAAAGGUGAACAUGUACUGCGCUGAUGGAGGAAUUUGGAGUGACUGGAGCCAAAAAAAGUGUACAGAAGAUAAGGAAACUCAAUACAUCCCAGCAUGGAAAUAUCUCGGUCUGGUGGGCCUGGUGGUCAUUGGCAUUGGCAUUCUUUCUCUUUCAUUAUGGAUAUUACAGAAGAUUUGCAUAAAAAAAAUCAUCAAAAAGGAUCCCCUCUAUAUUUUAUACAAGGAAAAGGUCAACAAGACCAUGCCCACUAUCCUCAGCCCUAUUUUCAAGUGAUGCUCUCUAUGACCUGCUACGCUGAUCUACUGUUUUAGCAGUCCUAAACUACACUAAAAGCACUCUACUCAGAGAAAAAAAACCUGAGAACACCCUUAGUGCAUUUAAAGUGAUAGCUGAUAGAACCAGUAAUCUUGUGAAAUGGAUAUGUAGGGCUGGGCGAUAUAUCUAACGAUAUGAUCAUGCACAUUUAGUCAGUAAAUCUGGUUCCGUGAUUAGCGCUAAAUUGCCAUCACCUGCUUUUAAAUGGAGCGGCACUUAAUAGACAGAGCCGUAGAUCACUGACAAGCUA